GGUUUCACUGUUAGUUUUGGAAAUUCACCGGUUUCACGGUUCUCUUCUCACAAGUCACAACUUCUCCUCUGCUGCGAUAACGAAAACUUGAAAUUCAAUUCGCACUUCGCAGGUCGAGAGAGAGAGAGAAGGAUCAGUGAGAUUCUUCUUCUGCUUCUUUUUCUCUCACGAAUUUGAAUAAUCUAAGCGAUGGUGAAUUCAAAUUCGUGAUUUCCCAAAACUUGAUUCACCCACUUUUCUAUACCUCUGAAUUUGAAUGGCUGAUCACUCUGACACUUCUCCUCUGGUUCCUCCCCUUCCCCUCUCUGACCCUUCCGAGAUCGACCUCGAAGCUGGUCCCUCCGAACAAAUCCAGUGCCGGAUUUGUCUCGAAACUGAUGGCAGAGAUUUCAUUGCCCCUUGUAAGUGCAAAGGUACAUCAAAAUAUGUACAUCGAGAAUGUUUGGAUCAUUGGCGAGCAGUUAAGGAAGGGUUUGCAUUUGCUCACUGUACUACAUGCAAGGCUCCUUAUCAUUUGCGUGUUCAUGUUGCAGCUGAUAGGAAAUGGCGUACUUUGAAAUUUCGGUUUUUUGUCACCAGAGACAUUUUGUUUAUUUUUCUAGCUGUCCAGCUUGUCAUUGCCUCACUCGCGUAUUUGGUAUAUCUAAUAGAUGGUUACCAGCAGUAUUGGCUUCGUCUUCUCUGGGGUUUUGACAGUGAACUGAGCUUUUACUACAUAUGUGGAGCUCUAUUGUUUUUUGCGUUGCUUGGCCUUUCUGGGUGCUUCAUUACUUGUUAUGAUCGAAGAGUUCGCAAUGAUUUAGCUCAGCCAUGUAGAGAAUUAUGUCUUUGUUGCUGUCAACCUGGAGUUUGUGCAGACUGUCAUUUGCCAGGCACUCUUUGUAUGUGGACUGAUUGCACCACAUGCUUUGAGAGUUGUGGAACCAUGGCAACUGAAUGUGGUGGUUGUUUGGGGGGUGCUGGGGAAGCAGGGUUACCAUUAUUAUUCAUUAUGGCUUUGAUUGUUCUGGGACUUUUUACUGUAAUUGGGAUAUUCUACAGUGUGUUGGUGGCUACUAUGGUUGGUCAACGGAUAUGGCAACGUCAUUAUCACAUACUUGCAAAAAGGAUGUUAACAAAGGAGUAUGUGGUUGAAGACGUAGAUGGAGAGCUGACAGGGUCUGAUUGGUCUCCCCCAUCUCUCCCACCUGAGCAUGUUCAGCAAUUGAAAACAUUGGGCCUCCUAUAAGUUUGAAGGAGUUAUCAGUAAUCUACUUAAUGACAAGAAUAACAAUUGAGAUUGAAUGGCCCUCCCUGUGUUUCGGUAAGCUGGUCCUUUUCUUGAAGACCUGCACUUAAUUGAUAAUAUUGUAAUAGCCGCUCAAUUCAGUUUGGCUAGAGUUGUACACUUGUGCUGAACCGCUGAUAUGUGGAAAUUUGUGAAUUUCUGACCCAUCUACUUAUGUAAAGAAAAUGGAAGAAGAUUCUUUUAAUACCCAAUAACAGGUUACAUACACGUAUAUCGCCAUUUCAUUCCUUGGUACGAUGCUGCCUGUAUAGUCAUGUUUUAUUAUUAUCUUUUUCGUUGCUUGUCGGAUUUAUUUGAAAUUUUGAUUGGAUGCUUUACUAAUCAAAGAAUUUUAAUGGUAGAAUUCCAUUCAUAUAGUGGUCCAUGAUACAAGCUACAUAUUUGGUGUAAGG